AUGACUUCCAACACCAGCAAUGGUGUCAUGAAUGACGCCAACAGGUGUUGGAAGAGGUGUGCGAUAUGUGUGACCAGUGAUCACGUCUUCGAGAGUCCCAAUGAAUUCAGUGGACACUUACGCGAUGUCCACUCCACUCGUGAGGGCGGCUCUUAUGUGUGCAGAUAUGGACCAAAUGGCAUCUGCUCUUCACUGCCCGUCGAAGGUGUGUCCGAUCGUGACUACGAGUCCCAUAUUGUCAAGUGUCAUAUAUUCCCAAAUCAGACCAAAUCCAGACAAUUGUCUCAUAAACUGAUCCAUGAAGUGAAGGAAAACGGCAAACAAAUCAUAGCAACGGAUACUGAGAGCCGACGCCAACGACAGGCGAAGUCCAUCUCCAAGAGAAGUCCAUUUCCUCUGCCGUCGAGUAACGAGUUGUUUGAAUCAAAUGCCUAUUUAUUGGACAAUCGGUUGGAGCCGAAGCCCAACGUAAUCAGUGAUAGUCUGCAGACAUGGAGUGUCUACUCCUCGUCGCAGAACUUGGCAUCAGUUCUGAACGAUCCGUCAAAAUCUCGCAGUUAUUACGAGACGAUAUUCACCAAAGAGUGGGGCAAUCACUUCGUGGACACACCGACUGUACUCCAGAGUCCAUUCCAUCCAAAGAUAUCUCAUUCGCAUUUCGAUCAAUACAUCAAACGAGUGCUGAAACGGAACCGAAGACAACGACUCCGGAGCCGAAGCGAGUCGUUGUCACUGCAGACACAGUCGCAGACCAGAAGUGCCGACACUUUUGUUCCCAAAAUAUUUUUUAACACAGAAUUUAAUUUAGAAAAUAUCGACACAUUUAAGACGGUUUUGUCUUUCUGUACGAACAAAGAAGUGCUGACCAGUUGUCCGACGUCUCCCACCAAAUGGAAUCCCAUCGCAAAGGAAGCCAUGAAAGAGCUUCAGAGGAAUUUCUCCGAGUAUUUAGAUAUAGUUGAGGAGAAUCUGGCGAAACAGAUAUCAUUGAAAUCGAAGAACUUUUUCCAAGUGAUGUCAACAAUGGAUACAGUGAUGGAACAGUUGAAGAGGACAAUCAAAGAAGUGACUCUUUUGCGCAAAAAGUGUCAUCGAUUGGAGAACUGCUUAAUAGAACCGAGUCUUAAGAAUAUAAAGUUAACAAAAAUCAGGAACAAUACCAAAGAUGUGUAUAAUAAGAUCCAUCUAAUGGCAACCGUUCAUCAAACGCAACCAACGAUCCAACUCUUGUUGUCGACUCUAGACUUUGCCGGAGCUCUUGAUCUCAUCUCUACGUCACAGGAAGUGGUGGCACAAGAACUCUGUGGAGUACAUAGUUUCAGACAUCUUAAACUACAACUCAUGGAAAUUGAGAAAGUGAUCGAUCAGAUGAUGAACGAAGAGUUUAUUAAAUAUCUGACGGCUGAAUGGAACCGACCGUUUGAUAGUGAAGAUGACAUCCAUCUCAUGGAUGAGGAAAAACUUUUAUCUAUAAUCUACGGAAUGGUUCGUUUGCAACGAUUUAAUUUCGUGGAUGCUUUCCGAGAAGAGGCCAACACUGCCAUCAAAGCUGGUGUCAAACAGACAGUCAUUGAAGCGCUUUCUUCUGAAGACAACAUAGAAGUUGGACAACGAUUUGAUGGCAGUCUCUUCGACCAGUUAAGGGUUUUGGAGUUUUCCAAAUGGAUUACACUAUUGAAUAAAGUGUUUGAUAAUCUCCUCAAAUGUCUGAAACGGAUUAAUUCAGUCUAUAAUGUGAUGUCUAAUGGAUUGAAUGCCAUAACCGAACGCUCUUAUAGUGAAGAGAAGAGCAGAGAAUUGGAGGCAACUGUUGGCGAGACGUCUGUAGACGCUAUAAAAAUCUUAUUAGAGAGCGAUUCCAUCGAAUUGAGUACUAAUUUAAAGGAGUCAUUGUGUGGUAUCUGUGAUUUCGCGCACAACCGAUGCGCUCAUGUAGUCGAGUCGCGAGCAAAAGAGGGCGGACUCGAUCGGCUCACCCCUAAUGAGUUCGUUCGGCUCAACAAAUCAAUCGAAGAUUUUAGUGAUAGUUGUCAACAGAUAUGCGGCCGAAGGAGUCCUAACCUGAAGCUUGUGCUGCAAACUCAGGCCAAUAAGUUUGCGACCAAAUUCCACGACGAAAGGAAAAAGCGGAUCAACUCGUCGCUGGACAUCGAACAGUGGAAAUCCGUUGAUUCGGUGAGCCAUGAGUUUCAAGAUCUAGUCAAUCAACUCAUAGACCGACGAUACGAAUUCGAUGAAACCAAACGAAACUCGAGAGCCAAUGAAGAGAAUAACCAAAAGUUAAAGUCAUUUGUUUUAGUCAAGAACCAGAAGUUUGUUGUCGUCAAUGUUGUAAUCGUUUUGAUUAAAACACUUAUCGAGUACUGCGAGUGCGCCCAACAAAUCAAGUCUUUGAGUCCCGAUCUGUUGACCCGAUUGUUGGAUAUCUUAAAGCUCUUCAAUUCAAGAACCGCUCAAUUAGUGUUAGGCGCGGGGGCUCUACAAGUGGCCGGCCUUAAGACUAUAACUGCCCGCAAACUUAUUAUAUCGUCGCAAAAAGUUAUCGCAGUUGUCCGAGAGAUCGCUGAAUCGCAUCUCUCCAAAUGGGUGGCCAAAGCACCCGUCCCUUCACCACCAUUUCAGGCUAUAUCUCAGCAUUUGAUGCGAUUGCACGACAAUAUUCAAGACUCACUUCCAGCUAACGAUUUGCUCCAACUAUUCCAACAAAUCCAUAACACUGUCAAAGAGGUUCUCAGAACUCAUUUGGAAAGACUUCAAAUACAAAAAGACGGCGGACCUCAACACGGACUCGUGACCCAAGAGAUGACAUUUUACACGCAAAAUCUUUACAAAUUAUCGAUUGCAAUGAAUGCGGAUAUCGAUAGAGACGACACAUAUGUCGCACAGUUAUACCAAGUGUUCAAUUCGUGCGAUCUCUACGGCACCGGACUCUUGGGUGAGGACGAGCUCUUCAACCUAUGUAUGCGAUUGCAGUUGGAUGACACACAGACUAAUUAUAUCAUCACCAACUUAAUUGGCAAUGAUAUCAUCGCCAAAAUUAAUUUCGACGACUUUAAGGAAAUAUUUGUAUCUCUUUUGACUCAAACCGAAAACAGUGGCGAAGAAGAGCAUCGAUCGCGCGUUGAGACCAACGAUGGAAACGACGUGAAGAGCGUCCACUCGUAUGUCGACAACAAUAAUGAGUCCAACAAUAAUAGUCUUCAAAAUAGUAUCCACGACAUGAAUACCGAACAGUAUUUAAGGAGUAUUUGGGAGCGUCUGGGGGUCGGGAGUAAUGGGUAUCUAAAUAUCGACGACUUGUAUAGGGUUUGCGAACACAUAGGAAUGGUUGACAUUAAUCGUGAGAUAAUAGAGCAGUUGUUUGACAAAUUGGAUUCAGAUCAGGACGGGAGGGUCAGCUUUGAUGAGUUUCUGGACGGCCUCUUUCAACACGACACUGCACUCUAUGACACCACCAGUGAUACCCAUAAUAGUGAUAAUGGCGUCAAUUUAAUGCAAUUACCACAAGAAUGCACUCAUAUUCCAAGUGCUUCUCAACCAAACAUCUCUAGUCUAACGCAAUCCCAAUGCAAUCGUAUCAAUGAUUUGGAGCCCAAUAGUCAUGAGAAUAACAACAAUAAUAAUUUACUGCAACCACACAAGACCUCCUUCUUCGACAACAUGCCCUCAGCAUACCUGUCCACUCUCGACCCGGACAGGACCGGGUAAGACAUGAAUC